AUGGCUAUUCCGAGGCAGAAAGUGGUCGUUGUAGGUGCUGGCCCGGUGGGGGCCUUGGCAGCACUGUACGCCGCUUCAAGAGGCGACGAGGUCGAAGUGUAUGAACUCCGCGGAGAUCUCCGAGACCCUACAACCGUGCCGUUGAACUUUACUAAGUCUAUCAACUUGGCACUGUCGGAACGUGGGAUUACAUCCAUGAGACACUCUGGUCGAGAUGGCCUGAUCAACAACGUUCUGCACGGAGCGAUCCCCAUGCAUGGGCGGAUGAUCCACGGCCGAGACCGAGGAGAUCUGUGGGAAGCUGCACAAGCUUAUGACGUUCACGGCCGGGCUAUCAAUGCUAUCGACCGAGGUACUCUAAACAAUGCCCUCCUCGAUGAGCUAGAGAAAACCCCCAACGUCAAGCUCUUCUUCAACCACAAGUUGACCGGUGCCGACUUUCGCACCAACAAGGCUUGGUUUGAGCGAAGAAUCCCCGGUGAAACCCCCGUCCCCGAUGAUGUGGGUGUAGCCGGUCGAGUGCCGGAGAUCGAAGUCUCCUUCGACUUCCUCAUCGGCGCCGAUGGGGCCCACUCCGCCUCGCGGUUCCACAUGAUGAAGUUCGCUCGAGUCGAUUACCAGCAAGAGUACAUCGACACUCUCUGGUGCGAGUUCCGCAUCCCGCCCACCGAAGACGGCAAUUUCCGCAUCUCCCCAAACCACCUGCACAUCUGGCCGGGGCGCGAGUUCAUGUUCAUCGCGCUACCAUCAGCGGAUAAAUCGUUCACCUGCACCUUGUUCGCGCCGUCCGCGCACUACACCUGCCUAGAGACCUCGACACAGGAUCUACACGAAUUCUUCGACGAACAUUUCCCCGGCGUGUGUCCAGAGCUGAUCGACCCCGCAGCGUUAAGCGAGCAAUUCGCGACGAACCCCCACCUCCCACUUAUCAGCAUCAAGUGCAAGCCGCACAAUUUCAACGCUAGCGUGGUCAUCCUCGGCGAUGCAGCUCACGCAGUCCUUCCUUUCUACGGACAGGGAUUGAACGCCGGACUCGAGGAUGUCCGUGUUCUUUUUGAGAAACUUGACAGCCAGGGAGUCUACGACCCUAACUCCAGCAUCUACACACGCGGUCUUAAACGUCAGGCUGCCUUCCAAGCCUAUACUGACCAGCGCUGCGCGGACACUCAUGCUAUCAACGAUCUUUCCAAGGAGAAUUAUUUGGAGAUGCGUGCGGGAGUCAAGUCACCGCUGUACAAAUUACGCAAGACGAUCGAAGAGACGAUCGACCGCCAUUUCCCGUCCUUCGGCUGGCAAACGCAGUAUGCUCGUGUUAGCUUUAGCAAUCAGAGAUAUUCGGAGGUCGUUCGGGCCGUUCAGAACCAAAGCCAGGUGCUUGGUCUUGGCUUGAGUGGGGCUUUGGUUGCUCUCGUUGGUUCUAUAUCAAUUUUGAUGUGGAAGUACCCUCGAUACCUGUCGCCGGUAGCUUUGGUUCGGGGCUGGAGACAUUUGGCUUGUGUUGGGCUGAGGGCCAUUCGGAAUUUCAUGCACAGAUAG